GUCGCAAAGCAGUUGUUAAGUGAGAAAUAUACUGCACUUGCUGAGGGAAACCCAAACAGGGAUAUCAUGAGUUUGCUGGUGAAAGCCAAUGUCUCGGAAAAUCCACAUACACGACUUAAUGAUGAAGAGAUGUUUGCUCAGAUGAACUCCAUCAUGUUUGCGGGCCACGAAACGACUGCCAAUACACUCUCCUGGACGCUUCUCGAACUUUCAAGACAUCCUGACAUACAACACCGUCUAAGGGCCCAUAUCAGAGAGAAAGAAAGAGCCAUUUUUGUUCGUGGUGAUACCGAGUUUUCCGUCCAGGACUUGGAUAGUAUGCCUUAUCUGACUGCUGUGGUAAAGGAAAUCCUUCGAUUCCAUCCCAUUGUUUAUAAUAGUCGCAGGGAGGCAGCUCACGACGAUGUACUCCCAUUGAGCAAGCCUGUGACCUUGUCGACGGGAAAGGUGGUGCGAGAGAUAGCGAUACCUAAGGGGACAUCUAUUAUUGCAUCGAUCGCCGGCUACAAUAGGCACAAAAGUGUGUGGGGAGAAGAUGCACAUGUUUUCGAUCCCACUCGAUGGCUCGGGGGAAAUACUAAUAAGGAGGUACCAAUUGGCGUCUACGGGAACUUAUUCACGUUUUCCGGAGGACUUAGGUCUUGUAUUGGCUGGCGAUUUGCUGUCCUCGAACUCCACGCGUUCAUUGUGGAGGUCAUCAAUAACUUUGAGUUUUCGUUGACCAAGGAAUCUGAGCGGAUUCGGAGGGAGGCUUGUGGUAUAAUGGCGCCGACGGUGGAGGGGGAGGUGCAGAAAGGUUCCCAGCUGCCGUUGAGAGUAACUAUUGCCUCUCGCCACUGA